AUGGUUUUCAAGCCGUUUACCCACCUCGCGCGCCAGAGUUUCACCAAAGCCUUCACUCACGGCUAUGCUCAAUCCGUAGUCGCGGCGUCGCAGUCCUCCUACGCGUCCCAAGCAACCUUCAACCAUCUCGCCACCCAGCCAGCCAAACUUACACGGACCCAACUUCAGAAUGCUUUCUCCAAUGCCUCCAGCUCGUCUGGCGCUGGCGCCAAGGCUAGCCAGGGGAGUUCGGGCUCAGGGGAUAUGGGGUUAGCCGCGUACUACGCGGCCUGGCAGCAUGCCCAACAGACCGGUGACGAUAGUGAUUGGCGGCAAUUUCAGUUCAAGCGCCGUAUCGGAUGGAAGCCAUCGACUGAAGAAGACGAUCACGCCACACAAGACCGAUCUCAUGUGUCCCCCCACCUGACCAAGGCCGCCGUGAACGAGGAUGUCAGCGCUCAAGUGGAAGAGGCUGUUGCGCGGGAGAUGCAGCAGCUUCAGGAGGAGCAAGCCGAGGCUGAUAAUGCAGAGGCCAGCGAGCAGUCGGCCUCUCGAGAAUCCGCAGUUGAGGAUCUGAUUUCAGAGGAGAUUUCGGAAGAGGCGCGGGCUGCCUCUGACCAGAUCGUUCAGUUGGCCACAGCCCAGAAAUUUGCUGACAUCCCCGCGGCUUUUUUCCAUAUCCUGCGAGAUGGCCUGACUCCGACCGUGGAUGCUUAUAAUGCCCUGCUGGCCGCGGCCAUCCAGCUGCACCCCGAUUCGGCUCAGGCCAUUCCCAAGGCACUGGAUGUCUACUCUGACAUGCUUCGCCGCAAUGUGGUGCCGGAUGAAGACACCUACGAGACGCUUGUUCAGCUGCUUGUAACCCAUGCCAACAAGGCGAUCAACGCAAAGGAGGCAUUGGAAGCGGACCGCGUGCGCUUCGGUGGAAUGGAGGAGCCUGGCAAGUUCAUGCUCCAAUCAAGUGAACUGGAACGAGAUAUCAUCGCUGAGGACCACUCUUUGUCGAUCGCAGUGAAACUCUUUGAUGCCGCGAUCUCCCGCCUCCCCCGCAUUGUAUUCCCUUUGAGUGUUUAUCGUCAGCUAAUCAUCGCAUGUGCUCGGGAGGGUAAGGUGGAGGACAUGGUGCGCAUCUAUGCUCACAUGGAAGUGCAAAAAGUAGUUCCGCACGCUUCUAUCUUCCCAGCUAUGAUCGAUGCGUUUGCGCGCGUUGGGGAUCUCAAGAGCGCCGUCGAGUGCUACAAUGAAUAUCGGAGCCUGGCUGUUUCUGAUGACGAGGGGGUUUUCAGCAUCGUGCAACGCUUAGACGGCGAGGUUUAUGCUGCUCUCAUCCAUGCUUAUCUGAGGGAAGAGGGCGCCAUGAGUUUCCUUGACCGAAUCCGCUCGUCAUUCGAUGAGGUCGAGAACCGUGAUGACCGCUGGGCUGUGAUUGAGUCCGUGAUUGUGAAGGAUGCGCUUGUUCAACACUCUCUGGAUCUUGGGGAACACGCUCAAGCGCUUGCAAAGGCCAAAACUGAGUUGAGUGAGGAGGCUCGUGAUCAGGCCAUUUCUAAGAUUUGCAUCGCCGCAGCUGACAUGGGUGAUCUGGCCACCGCUUCUGAGGCAUAUGAUCGUUUAUCCACCUCCCCAGCAAUGCGUCAAACUCCUGCCAUCUCCCUGCUUGCACUUCACAUUCGCCAGGGCAACCUCAACGCUGCUCGAUCCUUGUGGAUCAUGCUCAACACUGUGGGUCACGCAACCCCGGAGCUGAUUCAGCCGACCACAAUGUACACCAUCGCACUUCUCAAGAGUGGUCAAAUCGAGGCCGGUCUCCAGGAGGCCCGUAACAUGUUCCGAAACAUCCGCAGUCAAUCCAAACCUGAAUCGGAUACCAAGGAGCAGAUGAGCGAGUCGCUCUAUCUCUUCGGACAGGUCCUCAUGAACACUCCUGGCGUUGUGAUUUCUCCCCAAGCCUCCAUGACCCUCCUGUGGUCCAUGGUGGACAACGGUGGAGUGUUCUCUCCCCUGGCGGAGCAUGCUGUUGCUAAUCUCGGUCCAAUGGGGAUCACCCAGCUUAAUGCCGCUGACCUUACUCUAGCCCUGCGGGUCCAAGCCAGCAUUAUUGCGUCUGACAAGUCACUCCAGUUCGACAUCGCCAAUCCCAUCCGCUUUGCGCACAUGCUUGAUGUGGCUCUCUCUACCUCCCUUCCGUUGGACGCGGAACUUACGCGUCUGGUUGACCAGGCUGUUGCCAAGCCUGUCAUUCUCACUUCCCACCCGGACAUCGUGAAGAAGUGGCAGGAUCAUGUGGAGCGUUCCACUCAAGCAUCAUUCGCCUCUGAACGCCAUAGCCCUGUUUCCUUGACUGAGACCGCUCUGACCGUUCCUUCAUCCGGCCCCGAAUCAUUUGAUCCCUAUGUCAACACCACUGAUUUCAGAGGCUCUAUGAUCAUCGCGGAGGAGCUCGAGAAGACCGCCGGCCGCCCAGAGAGCCAUCUUCAGGAGGCAUUGAUUCGUGUUCAGAACAUGCGUCGCGUUGGCCGUCAUCCUCGCUAUAUCACCUACGCUAAGCUGAUUACUGCCGCUGCUAAGAUUGGUCGCAUGGACCUGGUCAACGAGAUCCACAACAUGGCUCGGGAGGAUGUUCCUUUGACUCCUGCCUACAACGCAGUCAAGUACGGCUGGGUUUCUAUUCUCGAUGCUAUGGUUGCUGCAUGCUUGAACACCGGAGAUCGUCAACUGGCUGAUCACUUCCACCAAGAGCUCACUGGCUUGGGCGCCGCUCCAUCCGCAAACACCUUCGGCUUGUACAUCACCACUCUCAAGGAAUCGGCCAAGACUUAUGACGAAGCCUCCGAAGCCUUGCGAAUCUUCAACCGUGCUGUGACCGAGGGUGUUGAGCCUACUCCCUUCUUGUACAAUGCUCUCAUCGGCAAGCUGGGCAAGGCUCGUCGCAUCGACGAUUGUCUCGCCUACUUCGCUGAGAUGCGUGCCAACGGUGUGCGCCCCACGAGCGUGACUUACGGGACUAUUGUCAACGCCCUGUGCCGUGUCAGCGAUAUCCGUUUUGCUGAGGAGAUGUUUGAGGAGAUGGAGGCUGCCCCUAACUACAAGCCUCGACCUGCCCCCUACAACUCCAUGAUCCAGUACUUCCUGAACAUCAAGGGCGACCGCGCCAAGGUCCUCGCUUACUAUGAGCGCAUGAAGGCCCGCAACAUCAAGCCCACCAUGCACACCUACAAGCUGCUCAUCGACGCGUACGCGUCUAUCGAGCCUGCCAACAUGGAUGCUGUCGAGAAGGUCCUCGACUCCAUGAAGGCCGCCGGUCACCAGCCCGAAGCCGUGCACUACGCUGCCGUGGUCCAUGGCCAGGGCUGCGUCCAACAUGACCUCGCCGGAGCCCGCCAGGUCUUCGACUCUGUCAUCGCUGACCGCCGUGUGCGCCCUCAGCCCUGUCUCUACCAGGCUCUGUUCGAGGGAAUGGUCGCCAACAAGCGUGUUGCGGACACAGAGCCCAUUGUCCGUGGCAUGGCCACCCGUGGCGUGGAGUUGACUGCAUACAUCGCGAACAUCCUCAUUGCCGGAUGGGCCGCCGAGGGCAACGUCGCCAAGGCCAAGAACAUCUACGACCGCAUCGGUAUCCAGAAGCGCGAACCAAGCACCUAUGAAGCUAUGACCCGUGCCUUCCUCGGUGCCAAUGACCGCGAGAGUGCCGCCCGCAUCGUCAAUGAGAUGAUGUCGCGCGGAUACCCACCUGCCGUCGCCGGCAAGAUCAUUGACCUGGUCGGCGCUACUCCUUCCAUCUAA